AUGGUUCUAGGCAAGGAGGAAUGCUCGAUUAUUGGAGAUGAUGAUGGAAGGGUAUUAUUAUCCAUGGGACGCUACGGGAAGGAUGGACGCAAGAUUCAUGUUGGUGACUGUGCGCUGUUCAAGCCACCCCAAGAUUCCCCCCCUUUCAUUGGAAUAAUUCGUAGUGUAAUAUACGGCAAAGAGGACAGUCUUAGUUUGUGUGUUAAUUGGCUAUACCGACCUGCUGAUAUAAAGCUUGGAAAAGGUAUUUUGCCGGAAGCAGCACCCAACGAGGUCUUUUACUCAUUUCACAGGGAUGAGAUACCCGCUGUAUCGCUACUCCAUCCUUGUAAAGUUGCAUUUCUUCGUAAAGGUGUUGAACUUCCUUCAGGGAUAUUCGCAUUUGUGUGCAGACGAGUGUAUGAUAUUGAGAACAAGUGUUUAUGGUGGCUAACUGACCAGGAUUAUAUUAAU